AUGUCUACGUCCUAUGAACCCUCAUUCAUUACAGGAAACGAUCGCUGCAUGUUGCGAGCAAGAAUACACAUAAUUCCGGCUGUCGAACGAAGGGCAUUGAAUGUGUCGUAUCAGGGCAAAGGACCCAUGGAGUUCGAAGAACCAGAGAUGCAGAGGCAAGUCGGAACUACCGAUCGGACUAUGACAACGAGCAUUGAAGAAGACUACCAAAAUUUCAUCGGGAAGCUCCUUCAGUGGUCAAAAACAACCGAACAUGCUCAGCUUCGACGACUUGAUCCGAGGGUUUCAGAGAUGACAUAA